GGACAGGCAUAUUCCCAAACUUGAUGGGAGGAUGCGACGCAUAUUCACGUCCAAACCCAAUUGCAGAGAGAGAGAGCGCGCGCGACAGAUCCGUGGCUGCAGAAGCAACAAGGGAACACGCUCUCUCUCGAAAGAAAGAAAGAAGGAAACACGCUCUCUCCCCCCGUUGACUGAAUCAGUUUUCUCCUCUCUCUUUCUCCACCUUUCUGGUCUUGCAUUCCUCAGAAAUAUACUUUCUUGAUCGGGUUAUAUACAUAGAUAUAGAUAAAGAUUAAGGGAGAGAUUUGGUGAAUUUUGGUUUUGUUUACGUGUGUGUGUGUGUGUGUAUGGAGGGAGGGUUGAUGGAUGACUUGGCUGGUUCAUCUGGAUCGGUGAUGCAGAAUAGGGCCAUGACGACGUCUUCUCUGUCUUCGUCAUCGUCUUUGUCUGUAUUUACGAAUUACCCUCUCAUUUCCGCCCUCCUGGCCUUCGCGAUCGCCCAAUUAAUCAAGUUCUUCACCACCUGGUACAAGGAAAGACGCUGGGAUCUCAAGCAGCUUAUUGGAUCUGGUGGGAUGCCGUCUUCCCAUUCUGCAACUGUCACUUCUCUUGCUGCAGCUGUAGGUUUGCUAGAUGGAUUUGGAGGAUCACUUUUUGCAACUGCAGCAAUAUUUGCAUGUGUUGUGAUGUAUGAUGCAUUUGGUGUGCGGCUACAUGCUGGUCGCCAAGCAGAGGUUUUGAAUCAAAUAGUGUACGAACUUCCUGCUGAACAUCCUCUGGCUGAGAGCAGACCACUAAGGGAACUUCUUGGGCACACUCCGCUACAGGUUAUUGCUGGGGCAUUGCUGGGACUUGUCACGGCAGUAAUUGGCCAUGUGAUCGUUGUAUCUACUGGUCAAGCUUGAUUCCCCGCCGGCUGCAACUCGGCAUCUUCGUCACACACAGAGCUGUUCACAAAUCUGAAUGAAGAGCUGAUAUUGCUGCUUUCUGAAUAGGCAUAUAAACUCUUGUAUUGUAUGACCAAUCUCUUUGAAACACAGUAGGACACUAAAAGUGCAGAAUUCAGUGACAUUCUUUAUGUGAUGAAUACGUUCUUGGCCUGCCUUCUUCAAUGGCCACAUUGAGCAGCCGGGUGACUUUUGUGUCCGCCUACAAGGAUUCAGGCUUGAUAUGUUAUUGUCGUCGUUCAAAAUUCCCGAAAUUACAUUCAUAUCUUUACUCACUCCCAAGAACAAAUGCUAAAAUCUUUUGUACUUUGAUCUCUUUUA